AUGGCAUAUUUCCUGUCGGUGUCGGCGACGGGCGCGGGAGCAGCCGGUCCUGCCGCCCGGGCAGCGGAGCCACGCGGGGAGCGGAGCCCGCACCCGGGACAGCCGGACCCGUACCCGGGAGAGCCCCGGGACAACGGCGGGACAGCCGGACCCGUACCCGGGACAGCGGAGCCCGCACCCGGGACAGCCGGACCCGUACCCGGGAGAGCCCCGGGACAGCCGGACCCGCACCUGGGAGAGCCCCGGGACAACCGCGGGGAGCGGAGCCCGCACCCGGGACAGCGGCGGGACAGCCCCGGGACAGCGGGGCUCGCACCCCGGGCUGCCCUGGGCUCGGCCCGCGCCGCGCAGCUGCCCCCGCUCCCGGGACGCCGGCAGCCGCCUCUUCUACACCGCUCCGAGCUCUUCCUCAGGGUUCCGAGCUCUUCUUCACUGCCCAGAGCUCUUCCUCAGGGUUCCGAGCUCUUCUACACCGCUCCGAGCUCUUCCUCACGGUUCCGAGCUCUUCUACACCACUCCGAGCUCUUCUACACCGCUCCGAGCUCUUCCUCACUGCUCCGAGCUCUUCCUCAGGGUUCCGAGCUCUUCUACACCGCUCCGAGCUCUUCCUCAGGGUUCCGAGCUCUUCUACACCGCUCCGAGCUCUUCUUCACUGCCCAGAGCUCUUCCUCAGUGUUCCGAGCUCUUCCUCCCGGCUCCGAGCUCUUCCUCCCCACUCCGAGCUCUUCCUCCCCACUCCGAGCUCUCCCUCCCCGUUCAGAGCUCUCCCUCCCCGCUCCGAGCUCUUCCUCCCGGCUCCGAGCUCUUCCUCACUGCUCCGAGCUCUUCCUCCCGGCUCCGAGCUCUUCCUCCCCACUCCGAGCUCUUCCUCCCCGCUCCGAGCUCUUCCUCCCGCUCCGAGCUCUCCCUCCCCGCUCCGAGCUCUCCCUCCCCGCUCCGAGCUCUCCCUCCCCGCUCCCAUUCUCGCCCGGAGCGCUGUCCCGCAGCUCUCAGAUCGCAUCUCCUCUGUCUGAGCGGAUCCCCCAGAGCCGCCGGGCGGGCAGUGCCCGCUCGGAGCCGGUGAAACCGGACAGCCGGGCGGGAGGGGAGCGGGCUGCGGGGUGGAAGCGAUGGCAGAGGUGCGAUGGCCGGGAAUUCUCACCCGGCGAGCCCAGCAGGAGCUCGCUGACUCCAAAGAAAUGUUUGCGAGGGCUGUAG